AGGUAGCAUGCAUUGCUCCAUAUACGCGCCACAAGUAUUUUUAAAGCCCAACCAAUUCGAGAAUCUCGUUCCUGAUUCCCUCCAAAAAUGUCAGACGCUCUUGAUCAGCAAAUCUCCCUCUUCCGCUCCCUAAUCAAAACCAGAAGAUUCGACGACGCGACUCUUCGAAUUCUCGAAUCGGUUCUGGUUUCCAAAUCUGUGAAAUCGCUGAAGGAAGUCGAAUCGAGCUUGAGAGGGCUUUUGAGAUCUGAAUCUCUCUCCACCAUUCGCGAAAUCGCCGAGAAACCUGUCGGUCAGAAGCUUGUGGUUCUUGAAUUUUUCGUCCGUGCUUUCGCUCUAAUAGCCGAUGUUGAGAGUUGCUUGGCUUUGAGAUAUGAGGCCUUGCAUAUGCGGGAACUCGAGUCUGCAAAUUGUCAAUGGGUAGAAGUUUCAUAUUUGGAAUGGCUGAAUUUUGCUGAACACUCGCUGGACAAUGGAUUCUAUUCUAUUGCUGGAAAGGCAUGUGAAAAUGCACUAUUAUGCGUUAAAAGGAAUGAUAUUGCAAACCCCAAAGUAGAUGAAUUAUUUGAAAAUGAGCAAGUUAUGGAAAAAAUAAAGAGACUGAAAGAUUUUGCAAUGACAUCGGCGGCUUCAUGCUCCGUUCAGGCGCAGGCUGCAGAGUACUUGAAAAAGAAGAGCACCGAGAAGCGCAAAAUACAUCCUUCAUUUCGCACAGAGACACGAUGUGUUGCAAGCACUAUGUUCAGAAAUGGAAUUAAGAGGAGGAAUGUACGAAAAUUGCACGAGCUGCAACGAACUACCAGUGCAUCACACACCAUUCAACUUUGA